AUGGGGCUGCUUGGCUUGCUCAAAAAGAUGAAGAAGGAUGACAUGGAAGCCCGGAUCCUGAUCUUGGGCCUGGACAACGCGGGGAAGACCACCAUCCUCAAGACCAUGACCUCGGAAGAUAUCUCCCAUACCAUGCCUACACAGGGCUUCAACAUCAAGAGCAUCAUGCAGGAUGGCUUCAAGUUGAACGUGUGGGACAUCGGAGGGCAGGAAGCCAUCCGGCCCUAUUGGAGCAACUACUUUGAGAACACCGAUGGCCUGGUCUACGUGGUGGACUCCUCGGACACGCGACGCCUGGAGGAGAGCUCGCGGGAGCUGAAGCAACUGCUGGCGGAGGAGAAGUUGGCGGGAAUUCCCACGCUGGUCUUUGCCAACAAACAAGACCUGAUGAGCGCCGCGGGCGCGGAGGACGUUUCGGCGGCCCUGGAACUGGACUUCAUCGGGGAUCGCGUAUGGCAGAUCCAGGCCUGUAGCGCGAAGACGGGCGAAGGUCUACAGGAAGGCAUGGAAUGGCUGGUGGGAAACUGCCGGAAGGGGUGA